AUGGAUAACGGAACGCGGAUUCAUGAGGAUGUUGAAGUAUUCCUUCGUGCCGCACGGGCAAAGGAUACUCUCAAAUGUGCCCAGCUUUUAAAGGAAAAGCCCACUCUGAUCAACUCCGUAGAGGCAGGUGGAUUUUCGGCCCUUCACUUCGCCGCAUUUAAUGGUGAUCUCGACAUGAUUUGUAUGCUGCUUGAGUUUAAGCCAGACUUGGAACUUAAGAACUAUGAUAACAAUACUCCGUUGAUCAUGGCUGCGAAAGGUCAUCAGAAUGCUGCUAUCAAGCUAUUGGUGGAAGCGGGCGCUGACGUAAACCUCAGAACGCCUACAGGUGGCACCGCUGCCCACUUUGCGGCAUCGAUGGGUUAUGUGGACACUGUACGCUGCUUGGUGGAACUUGGUGCCGAUGUUAUGCAUGACAAUUGUCAAACAGGCACACUACUCCAUUGGGCUGCCCACUCUGGAAAUAUUGACUGCAUUGGAGAAAUGAUUUAUGGACUCAAGGUUCCAAUUGAUGUCAAGGACGCCCAUGGUGGAACAGCUCUUUUUACAGCGUUAUUCAUGAAGAAGGUUGAGGCGGUGGAGUUCCUCCUGGAACAUGGAGCAGAUGCGCAGGUAACGAUUGAGGAGGAUCAAUCAACGCCACUUCAUAUCGCUGUGGAACAUGCGAAUACUGAAUGCGUGAAGCUUCUUUUGGCUUUUGGCGCCAAUCCCCAGGCUGCGAAUAAAAGUGGCGAGACCCCGGUCGCCUUGGCUGAGAAGGCGAAGAAUGAUAGCGCUCUCAAGGAGCUGCUGAAACCUAUGCUCGGUGCGGAAAGGCGGAAGGAAGAGGCUGCACGCUUCAAGGCUCAGGGAAAUAAGGUAUUUGAAGCAGGCGAGAACGUCAAGGCGGCCAAGUUUUACACCCUGGCGAUUCACAUGGAUAAUAAUAAUGCUGUUUUCUUCAGCAACCGGGCGGCGGCCUAUUUUAACCAGCGUUACUACAAUGGGGCAUACUGGGAUUCUCUUCGCUGCAUCUCCUUGUCUGCUGACUGGCCAAAGGGAUACUUCCGCAAGGCGGCCACGGAACUCGCUAUGAAGAAGUUUGAUGAGGCUCUGCAAACAUGCGAGCAGGGUCUGCGCCUGGAUUCUAAAAACAAAGAUCUGUUAACAACAAAGGAGGAGGCCCGCCGACAGAGAAACAAAUGA